GCGUUCGUUCCUAUUUUGUGUGCUAAAAAGAAAAGCGUCCUGUUUUGAAAACGACAAUACUUGUGUGUUAUGUCCUUUAAAAAAAAAUGUACAUUAUAAAAACACGUUGUAUUGGUAGUAUCAACUUUAGGGGAUUCAGGGGUUAAUUGUUGCGCAAUUUCUGUUCCUUCUUGUUUUGUUGUGUGUGUAUAUGUGCAUAUAUUGUAUGAAUAAACGUAUAAAAGGUAUUUUCCCCUCGUUUUGACUUUGCCAUUUGUGUUCGUUUUAUUUCCCCCUUUGCCAGAGCCCCGUGCGUCGCACAAGUUAAAAACUGCUGCCGCAAAGCUAAUUUGACAAGAACAUCCAUUUUAAUGAGCUGUAAUUUUAAUUAGUAAAAUGAGUUAUAAAUCCUCCAGAUACAACAGAAUUUCUUCGUGCAUAUAUGUGGGGAACUUACCAGGAAAUGUCGUAGAGGAUGAGGUCUACGAUUUGUUUGCCAAGUUUGGACGUAUAAAAUAUAUCGAUGUAAAAAAACCCAGAGCUCCAGGCGUACCUUAUUCUUUUGCAUUCGUUCAUUAUUUCGAUUCCAGAGAUGCAGAAUACGCCAUAGAUAGAAGAGAUGGUUAUAAGUAUGACGGCGUUCGUUUGCGUGUUGAAUAUUCAGGAGAAAACAAAAGCUAUGGAAAGUAUAGAAAAAAAGAAGAGGGAGCUGGCCCCCCUGUAAGAACGGAACAUCGAAUUAUUAUAAGUAAUUUGCCAGAAAGUUGCAAAUGGCAGCAUUUAAAAGAUGUCAUGAGACAGUGUGGUGAUGUAGGAUAUGCUAACAUUGAGCGUGGAAGAGGUGUAGUGGAGUUUAUUAGCCGUGACGAUAUGCUAUAUGCAAUUGAAAAAUUUGAUGGCUCAGAAUUUAAAGUUUAUGACGAUGUUACAAAUAUUAAAGUUAGAAGAGAUAGGAGAGCUUCUUCAUACAUGAAAAGACAUAGAGAGGAUCAUUACAGUCCCAGACAUAACAAGAGACGCAGAUAUAGUGAAGAAUCAGGAUCUGCCUCAAGAAAUAGAUCUAGAUCAAGGAAACACAACAAAUAUAGCAACUCACCCACAAAAAGAAAUAAUAAAUACGACUCUGGAAGUGAAAGCGAAGGUGAUAAUAAAGACAAAAGCAAAUAUGAUAAAAGCAAGGGCAAAACAGGCGGGCCCCAAGAUAAAAGAAGUUACAGCUCAGAUGGCAAAAGAAGCAAAAGUGGAUCGAAUAAUUCUUCUAGAAGUGGUGAUAGAAAUUACAAAAAGAAAAAAAGUAAGCAUGACAAUUCAAGUGAUAGAUCAAGUGAAUAUGGCGAAAAGGGAAGUGCAAAAAAUAAUAGCCGUAGCAAAAGUGGAAGUAGGAAAAGAAGCUUAAGUGAAGAUGAUGGAAGUAGGAGUAGAAAAAGAAGCUUGAGCGAAGGUGGUGGUGGAAGCAAAGAUAGGAAGAGGAGUUUAAGUCUGAAAAGAGAAAAUAGCUCGAGUAAUGAAAAAAAAGGAAAAAGAAAAAGAAGCAAUUCUUCUGAAAGAUCGAAUUAUAGAAGCAAUUCGCGGGAAAUGAAUAAAGAAAAAGAAGAUAAAAGCAAUGAUGAGAGAAGUGAAUCUAGAAAGAGUUAUAAAUCUCCGAGCAAUAACUCAGAAAAGGAAAAGAGCAACGAUGAAAAAAAGAAACCAGUUGCCAAAAGAACAAAAAAAACUACAAACACUGCUAGGAAAACGAAGAAUGCAGAUGAAAAAGGUAAAAAGACAAACAAUGAUAAAACAAGCAAAAAUGAGGAUUAUGAAAAUGUGUCCAAUGAUGGAAAUAAAAGCGAUGGGGAGAAAUAUGUAGACAAGGAAAAUAAUAAAGAAGAAAAUUCUGGUACAAAUAAAAAUGAAGGAACCAAAAAAUCAGCGGCGUCAGAGGCAAAGCCUAAAAGGGGGGGAGGAAGAAGAGGAAGAAAGAAAGCUCCCGGAGAAGAAAAUGCAGCCAACACAGCAGAUGAAAAUGUAAAUGGCAAUGCCAGUAACUAAAUUGAAAUUUAGUAGCUUUUUUUUUUUUUUUUUUUCUUCAUUUUUAUGAAUGGUGAUAAUCUUAAAACAUAAUCAGAAUUCUUUUAAAAAUUG